CGCAUCUCAUAGGUGAUGGGUCGGCUCGAGUGGGGCCCGAGCUGGCCCGUAUAAAAGGGGGCCUCAAGACAACCACGGAGCAUCAGUCCUCAAAUCAAGGAACAGCAGCAACCAUGAGGGCAUUCAUGAUCGUGGCGCUUGCCGCGGUGGCGAUGGCGCGACCGGAAGCCGGAUACUCGUACUCCCAGCCUAGCGGAAGUUACGGAGUGCCUGGAAGUGGUGGCGGAAGUCUUGGAGGAAGUCUGGGAGGUAUCAGUCUAGGAGGUCUCGGAGGUGGUGUCGGAGGUGGCCAUGGAGGUGGUCUCGGAGGAGGUCUCGGAGGAGGUCUUGGCGGAGGUCUCGGAGGUGGUCAUGGAGGAUCUUUCUCGGGAGGAUUCAGUUCCAGCAGCGCCAGUGGUUUCGGUGGCUCCAUUGGGGGUAGCGGACUCGGUGGAGGUUUUGGCGGUGGCUCUGGAGGUGGAUUCGGAGGUGGUUCCGGAGGUGGUUUCGGAGGUGGAUUCGGAGGUGGUUCUGGAGGUGGAUUCGGAGGCGGCUUCGGUUCCGGCGGUGGAUCUCUUAUUCAGAAGCACAUCUACGUUCAUGUUCCGCCACCAGAAGCACCGGAAGACAGACCCGCAAGGCCGAUCGCACCUCCCCCACCACCCCAAAAGCACUACAAGAUCAUCUUCAUUAAGGCCCCAACUCCACCAACCCCAACUGCCCCAGUGAUCCCAGCCCUGCCACAGCAGGACGAGCAGAAGACUCUCAUCUACGUCUUGGUAAAGAAACCGGAAGAGGCGCCAGAACUCAACCUGCCUACGAUCGCACCAACUCAGCCAAGCAAGCCAGAGGUUUACUUCAUCAAGUACAAGACUCAGAAGGAAGUGACUUCUGGAGGCGGCGGUGGUGGCGGCAUCAUCGGCGGAGGUUCCGGAUCUGGAAUUGGCGGUGGAAUUGGUGACGGACAUGGCGGAGGAAUCGGCGGAGGAAUCGGCGGAGGAAUCGGCGGUGGAAUCGGCGGUGGAAUCGGCGGCGGAACUGGACCCAGCGGACCCAGCUCAAACUACGGACCACCCGGUGGAUCGGGUCCCUACUAGUCAACUUAAUUAACUUACCUUCUUUCCUUUUGCGUUCUACAACAUGACCCACCCAUCCACCCACACUCUACACAAAAAGACACACACACACAGCCGCACACGGGAAAACACGCACACGAGGAGUGAGAAGCGAAAAGCGAAAAGCGAAAAGCGAAGCGCAACCCUGUACCAUAUAAAGAUCAAGCGACUCGAUGAUAUUAUUUUUAUACGACUGUAUUAUAUAAGGGAGCAUACGACGACGACGACAACGUUGCUAAUGAUAAUGAUAAUGAUGAUGUUGACGACGACGACGAUGCUACUGAUUAUGAUUAUGAUGAUGAUGAUGAUGACGAGGAGAUGUUUUUUAUACCUAUUUUUU